UUUCUUUCUGAUCCAUAAAAUUGGGUUUCUUCUACUGCGGCCGGCAGUGUACCGCCGCAGCCCUCGUCGCCACCACCGCCGGCGGUGGCUCUGCAGUAAUCACUGUUCUCUCAUUUCCUCAAGACAACAAACUAUAAUGCGAGCAUACAGACACCUGCAUCUCCAUUUGUAACGUAUUCUUUCCAAUUGCUCCAGUUUCAUCCUUAUCCUGCUUGUCUUCAUCUCCGAAGAAGCUCUGUAAUGGCAAAGUGUAAUCAUUCUGAUUCUGAUUAGCUGUUGCUGCUUUUGCCAGUAGCUCUCAUGGCUUCAAAUUGCAUCCUCCAUUCUUCAAUUUUCUCCGGCCUUCCUUUGCACCAUCGUGUCACUUUUCAAAACCGCAAAACCCUAUCCCCAAUUCGGUGCAAUUUUGGGAAGAACAAUCAAUCCAAAAAUCGGAAUAAUCAUGCGCUAGAUGAUGACGAAGAAGAUUCGAGAUUCAGGAAAGCAUCCUUGAAUUUACUCAAAUUCCCCGUAACUCUGACAGUAAUCUCAAUCGCACUGCCCCAAUCAGCCUCCGCUGCCACUAAAGUAUCCGAAAAGAAGAAGCGUUCGGGGAAGAAGACCGAAGCUCUAAGCUACGAGGAAUUGAAGAAUUGGACGCAAGGACUUCCUGUGGUAUCCAAUCGUCUUGCUUAUAGUGAGCUUUUGGAUUUAAGAAGACAAAAUAGGCUCAAGCAUGUAAUCAAGCCUCCAAUGGUGGAAUUAAAGAAUCGACCGGAGGUAAUCAUGGCUGUCUUGGACGAUAACAGAGUAGCUAGAGUUGUAUUGCCUUCAAUUGUGAAUGAUUCAAAAUUUUGGGAAGAAUGGGAUGAGCUGCAGAUGAAUGGGCUUUGCAUGAAUGCAUAUUCUCCCCCAUUGAAACAGCCUGAAUUUCCAAGGCCUUAUUUAGGAUUUUUGUUGGAGAUUCCUUUGAGGAUGUUUUCAAAUGUGAAAUUGAAGCCUCAGGCUCAGUCUCGGCGGGCGAUGGAGUUGAGGAGGAUGAGGGAGGAGUUUAAGAGGAAGAAGAAUGAGGAGCUGGAGAGGAUGAAGGAGGAAAGGGAGGAGAUGGAGGAGGCCAUUAAAAUGCAGAAGAAAAUGGAGAUGAGGCAAAAAAGGAUGGAAAUGAAGAAAAAGAAGUAUGAGGAGUCGAUUCGCCAAGCCUCUAGGAGCUCGGAACGGAUGGCUUUGUUAUGGGACCGAUUAGCCAGCGAUCCGAAUGUUUCGACAGCUCUGGGGUUUGUUUUCUUCUAUAUAUUUUACCACAUAGUUGUGCUUAACUAUAGGAAGCAGAAGAAGGAUUAUGAGGAUAGGUUGAAGAUAGAGAGGGCUGAGGCUGAAGAGAAGAAGAAGAUGAGGGAGCUUGAGAAGGAAAUGAUGGGGAUCGAGAGUAUGGAUGAUGAUGAAGAAGGGGGCAAGGGGGAAGAUAAUCCUUACAUGAAGAUGGCGAAGCAGUUUAUGCAGUCUGGUGCUCGUGUUAGACGAGCUCAGAAUAAGAGAAUUCCGGAGUAUUUGGAAAGGGAUGUUGAUGUGAAGUUCGAAGAUGUUGCAGGACUUGGGAAAAUCCGUCUUGAGCUUGAGGAGAUUGUGAAAUUCUUUACACAUGGGGAUAUGUAUCGCAGGCGAGGAGUGAAAAUACCAGGUGGAAUACUUCUUUGUGGCCCUCCUGGGGUGGGGAAGACAUUAUUAGCGAAAGCUGUUGCUGGCGAGGCAGGAGUGAAUUUCUUCUCCAUUUCUGCAUCUCAGUUUGUCGAAAUAUAUGUUGGAGUUGGUGCUUCACGUGUUCGAGCACUCUAUCAAGAAGCAAGGGAAAAUGCCCCAUCAGUUGUUUUCAUUGAUGAGCUGGAUGCUGUCGGGAGAGAGCGUGGUUUAAUUAAGGGAUCUGGUGGGCAAGAGCGUGACGCUACUUUAAAUCAGCUACUUGUUUGCCUCGACGGUUUUGAAGGCAGAGGUGAAGUGAUUACUAUUGCCUCUACAAAUAGGCCCGACAUUUUGGACCCUGCGCUUGUACGGCCAGGAAGAUUUGAUCGUAAAAUAUUUAUCCCUAAACCUGGAUUGAUAGGCCGCAUUGAGAUUCUGCAGGUUCAUGCUCGGAAGAAGCCCAUGGCUCCAGAUGUGGACUAUAUGGCUGUAGCUAGUAUGACUGAUGGAAUGGUUGGUGCUGAGUUAGCUAACAUCAUAGAGGUUGCAGCGAUCAACAUGAUGCGUGAUGGACGAACCGAGAUCACAACUGAUGACUUGCUACAAGCUGCACAAAUCGAAGAACGGGGAAUGCUGGAUAAAAAGGAGCGUAGCUCUGAGACGUGGAAGCAAGUAGCCAUUAAUGAAGCUGCAAUGGCGGUGGCUGCUGUGAACUUCCCUGACCUUAAAAAUAUCGAAUUCGUGACAAUUGCUCCAAGAGCUGGACGGGAAUUGGGCUAUGUACGUUUCAAAAUCGACCACAUCAAAUUUAAGGAAGGAAUGUUGAGUCGACAAUCUCUCUUGGAUCAUAUAACUGUCCAACUUGCUCCUCGUGCAGCUGAUGAACUUUGGUAUGGAAAGGAUCAGCUGAGUACCAUUUGGGCGGAGACAGCCGACAAUGCCAGGUCAGCUGCGCGGACAUUAGUUCUUGGUGGCCUUUCUGAAAAGCAUUACGGCUUGAACAACUUCUGGACUCCGGAAAGAAUAAAUGAGAUCGAUUUACAAGCCCUGGAAAUCUUAGAUGUUUGCUACGAACGGGCAAAAAUGAUUCUUCAGCAAAACCGAAAACUUAUGGAUGCUGUGGUCGAUAAUCUGGUUGAUAAGAAGAGCUUAACUAAGAAGGAAUUCUUCGAUUUAGUUGAUUUACAUGGAUGCAUCCAGCCAAUGCCGCCUAGCAUACUCGACAUCCGGGCAUCAAAGCGAGUUCAGCUUCAAAACAUUUUGGCAGACACUACGCAAGCAGCUCUGCCGGGCCGUUCUUGAGCAUGAAACAGGUGUUCCUGUAUCGUGUUUAUAUAAUCCCGACACAUUCGAUUU